UUUGCCAUGCAACGAAAUGACGCUCCGCUUGAAAUGCACCUUGCCAUGCAUUGCCAUAAUACACGAUCACCAGUCCGACGUCUCGACCUGUCUCGGUGACAAACGUUCACAAAGAAGACAAAUGUGAAUGCUGGAUAAGAAAAUGCAAACAGUGAGAAUUGCUGUUAGAAAAACAAGGCCUACUGACGAACAUCCUUUGCAGCUUGUGCUUUCAAAACCACACCGUAUGUAGGCCUACUGGGGAUUUAAGGAUCUUUAUCCUGUGGGUAAAGACCAGCAGUUUCCACCAUGUCACUGCGGACGCGGAUCAACGGCUUCACAUCAUGGGUGAACCUGCGACUCAAGCCCUACAACAUGCUUAUGAACAAUGUGAUCAUGGAUCUACUGAAGGGUACCAACCUCAAGAUGCUGCUGCAGAGCAUGACAGGUAUUGAUAACAAGAAGUUACAGAACUUUGAUGGGAUGACGCAGCAGCAGAAGACGACCAGGGUGGAAUGGAUCGUCAAGGAACUGAAGGAGUCAGAGGUCAUACCAGAUGAUGUUUUUGUGGAUUGUCGACUCUUUGCCAUGAGACACGCUGACCAUGUUUUUGAUUUGCUGUGGCGACUCUCUUCCCACGACAUCUGGUUCACCUGGGAACGGCUGGAGUACCUCAUGCACGGCGACGAUAAAAUCCUCUGUGAGGUGCCCUUCGAGUGGACUCCAAGACCACCUCCGGAGAAGAAGAAAAAGAAGAAAGUGAAAUAUAAUAAGUCGCUGCUGUCCGGCUUUGGGGGGGCAUCUUUGGUCGCCGAAACUCACCCAUCGUCUCCCGAACCACCGGAGCCAGUGACAGCUGUCAAGGGGCCGCUGCACAUCAAGUACCCAGGCGAAGACUUCUGCAAGAAGUUUAAGCCCAGCAAGAAGUCCUGGCCCCAGCCCAGCCCGGAGGAUUGCAUCAUGGAGAUGGUCAACACUCUCUUGAAGACGACAAGAGAAGGGAGGAAGCUGAAUGUGGAGCGCCUGGACGACCUUGUGGACAGUCGCGUCCUGUGCGCUCUGGUCAAUGCCUUCGUCCCGGGCACCUUCACCAGCGAGGUCAUGCUGAAUGACCGCUGGACGAUCAACCUUGCUCUCAGGACCUUUGACAAGCUGGUGCGCAUUGUGACCCCCGUUGACUCCCAAGAUCUGGUCGAGGCCGAUGCUAUGGCCGUGAGCACCUACAUGGCAGUGUUCUUCAUGUGCGGUUUCAAGCUACGCCAGUCCAAAGCUGUGCUGGGCAGGCUGAAAGAGCUGGAGCAUUUGACUCGGGCUGCCAAGCACGAGCUGGAUGCCCUGCCGGAGAUUCUCAGUGAUGUGGACAUGAUCCAGAAACGCAAAAAGCUCAAUGAGGUCCUGCAGGGUUACGAAACAGAGGUGACCAAAAUCAAGAGCAAGUUUGACGUCAAGGCGUGUGAGGACUGGCGGAAGCACGUUGCAAAUAUCCAGGCUGAGACCAGAGAGAUCGUUUCCAAGAAAAUGAGGGAUAGAUUUGACGCACUGACAAUACCAAGGGGAGCCACUAUCAACGACCUCUGCCUGUCCCUGGUGGUCAACCUCACCCUGACCAACGGCUCAGGAUUUUACCUCUCCAAGGGGCGGGAGAUGGUGACCCCCGACCGGCGCAUAGUCCUGCGAGACCUGAGCACGGGGGAGUUCAUCGAUGACUUCACCCACGGCAAGGGCGUCAGUAAAUUUAAUAUCCGCAAAAUGCUGGGAAUCUCAAGCUACGACGUCGUCGAGAUAAACCCAAAUGAUCAUCCACAGUUUGAGAUUUUUCUGGAGAGUCCGUCCAAGAACAAGCUGCUGAAGACUGGAGCAGUAUUCCUGUACCAGGUCUUCCCGGGUAACUUCUCCCAGUGGGAGGGGCUGUUUUUCAAGGCCUGCAAGUUGGGAGAGCUGGACAUCGUCCAGAAGAUGGUGGUCUUUUUUCGGGACAAGAGGCCCGGCUUCAUCAACGCCAAGGAAAAGAAGACAGGCAACUCGGCACUGCACAUGGCAGCGAGAAACGGGCACUAUGAUAUUCUACUGUUUCUACUGGAGAACGGAGCCCACAUCGACGCCAGGAAUGCUAACCUGGCCAGUGCCUUCUUCAACGCUGUGGAAGGUCUGAACAGAGGAAUAAGCCAGCUUUACCGAGUUAGUGACGGGACAGGAAACGCAGUCUAUGCUCGCAACAUGGGACACCAUAAUAAUGCAGCCGAGCUCCUGGUGGAGUGGGGCACCAACAUUUACGUUAAGAACAAGCAGGGUCGCACAGCAUUUGACGUGGUCCGGAGUGAUGAGCAGAAGAACACCAUCGUUGAGUACUAUGACCACCUACAGGCCUGCAUCCCCAAGCUGAUGCGGGGCGACACCCAGCUGCUUAAGAAGCUCGUGGAGGACCAUGUGUCGGGGGUCCUGCGCUUUGCCAGCCUCAGGAGCAGGUGCAUCAACGGCAGCACCUUGUUGCACACUGCGGCCUACUUCGGAGUCAUCCCUGUCGUGAAGGAGCUGCUUAAAGAGAGAGUGGACGUCAACCUUCUGGACUACAAGGGGGCCACUCCGCUCCAUCGGGCACGGGAUCAGAUGACAAUCAGGCUUUUACUAGAGAGUGGUGCUGAAUUGAAUGCCAUAGAUUCGGAGGGGAAUACCCCACUGCACGUCAAAUGCUACGGGGAGGCGGGCAAAGCAACACCCAUUGACUGCAUCAAAGAACUGCUGGCGGAGAACAUCAACCUGAUCCACCGCAACCACAAGGAGCUCCUGGCCAUCCACUGCUGUGCCAUGCAGGGCCGCGUGGAUGCCAUCCAGCUCCUGCUGGACGCCGACCCAACAGAGACCAUCCGGGACUCCCUUGGGAGGGAAGACCCCAAGUCCCCACCGAGCCUCCCCCACUUGGCCCUGGCCAACGACUUCCUAAAGUGCGGGGCCUGGCUGGUGGAGCAGGGGUUCAGCUUCAAGGAGCAUGAGCAGGACAUCCUGGUGCACCGCAUCCUGACCGAGCAGAUCAAGAGCAAGCAGCGACUGGACAUGAUGAGAUUCCUAUUCGAACACGGAGCCGACUUGGACCAGCGAUACAGCGGCGGCAACACACCUCUGCACUACGCUGCCGGUAUGACCGGCCCCACAGACAUCCUGGAGCUGCUCAUUGAGUACGGCGCGGACGUGGACGCCGUGAACGAAGACAUCUGCUCGCCUCUGUUCUUCGCCACUCAGGCCAACAACUACUAUGGGGCCAGCAUACUGCUGCAGGCGGGCGCCAAUGUGAGGCACAAGAACCUCCAGGGCCUGACGGCAUUUGACUGCAUCUUGGACUUUGACGAGUGGUUGGAGUGUGGCUUCUUCACCGAUGAGAUCAAGGCCAGACUGAAAGCUUACAGCCUGAAGCAUGCCCGGGACCUUGUCCGUGCCAUCACUCAGAAGGUCAAAGGUCAUCAUGGGAAGGGCCUCUACGCCCAGGUCUCGGCACUCUCCCUGGGUGUGGGAGGAGGAGGGGCCUCCCCCCAACGAAACCUGGCCCUCUCUGCCUCCCUGAGGCAACGGAAGCUCAACAACAGUCCCAGCUCCCAGAUGAUGAGGGGCAGUAACACUGGCACACUGCCGCCCCUGAGACCCAGAGGAUUCCUGACCAAAUGAGAUGUAAAUAAAAUGCCACGCCCGCCACUAAACCACACCCACUUUGCAUCAUGAGACAAUAGCCCAUGUUCUCAGAUACUGAGGGGCACCAGCACUGGGACACUGGCACCCCCUGAGACCCAGAGGAUUCCUGACCAAAUGACAUGGAAACAAAAAAGUGCCACACCCAUCACCAAAGCCACACCCACUUUGCAUUGUGGGACCGUUGAAGCACAGUAACAAUCUCAUCUUCCACUGAGCUGAUGUGAGACAGCAGCACCAAUACAUUGCCACCCCUGAGACUGAGAGGAUUUCUGACCAAAUAAGCAGCAUAAAUGUGCCACGCCUGUUGGACCGAAGCCACACCCAAUCUGUAUCAUCAGACAGCACAGGCAAAGUAAGAUUCUUGGCUUCUAUAUGACAAGGUCAGUAACACUGGGUGUUUGCCUCUGUUGGAAGCAUCAGCAUUCGUGAGCGAAUGAGACACGACGUGGUGCCACACCCUGCGGCAAGACCACACCCAAUCUACAUCAAGGAGACAGUAAUAGCACAGCAACAGUGUUAGGUUCCAGCUAAUGAGAGCUGUACAUUGAGAAUUUCCACUCUGAGAUGUACAAUGUGUCGUGCCCGUUUUUCGAAGUCACACCUGCUCUCUGGGCACACAGCGGCAGAAAAUCAGGUUCAGUCCCAACUUCGAGAUCCAAACAAUGUAAUCUAGAGAAAUUUCUGAUAAAGAGCAGAAGUUGAAAUGUGCCACACCUUUUUUCUAAACCACGCCCUUUCAUCAUCAUGAAACUUUGGAAGUUCAACGGAAGAUCGGUAGGACAGAUUAUGAAGCCGUCAAUUCCUCAUUCAUACUUUCCAAAAGUGAAGCAGAGUACCAUUCUAAUGUUGGGAAUAGUGGCCACACCUUCCAUUUGUAUGAAGUUCCUCUGUUUUAAGCAUGCUCCUGGGCUGUCUUGAGAAUGUUUUGUUAGUCGUGAGCCUUCAAGAACUUUUGCAAAUGUGAUCAAAGAUUCUAUUUUUGUAAAUUUAUUGGCAUUGACCUCUGCAACAGCUUAAUGAUUUAAUUUAUUUUUUAAGUACAAAAUUUAUCUUUUUAUCUUUUCCGUGAAAUUUGAAACCAAAGACAUUUUGUGUACAAAUUUUAUACUGCAAAGGAAUCACAGAUAUUUGAUUGGAACUUUUAACUUUAGCUGUGAUUUCUUGUUACCAGUUCAUACUUGGAGCUAAAGCAAUCCCAAACAGAAAAUUGUGAUAUCAGAUCAAACGUUUGCGCCGCGAUGUUGCAGAAGGUGAACACCUGUCUACUUAGAUGUUUUGUGCAGCUUUUGUGUUCAAAGAAGUACAUAUCAGCCUUUAGGAGGGAAAAGGAAGACAUUUGAAAAAAGUUGCACAUCUUGCCUCAAGCCUCCGACUUCAUCAAAGUCUGUGGGUCCCGACAGAAAGAGUCGGAGUACUUACGAAGAAAAUGUCCAAUUUGUUUCACCCCUAAUUUAGUUUUCUAAAUCAGAUUCACAAUCUUUUGUUGUUGUUUUCAAGUCAUAUUUAAGAAGACAAGUGGUGGCAGGACGUGGAACGCUUGUGUAUCAGGCACAAAACAUGGAAAUCAGAGAAAGAAAUCAUGAGGCUCUAACCCUAACUGCUCAAGGGUUGCUGGACCUAACCUUCCCAUUCACACUAAGUUAAACACCCAUGUGGGACUUUGUGCACAGAGGCUGUUGGACUUGGUUUUUCUGAGGUAUGCCAAACCCAAUGCAAAAGCCAGCUGCUAUGGGCCUACCAGACCUAUCCCCAUGGAAUUAAACACUUCUGUUUAAUUCUGUGUGGUUGGGGGAGGUUAGGGCUAAGGUACUAGACUUUGUACGUCAGUUCUUUUUCAACUCCAUUCCAGAAACUUUUGGUUUCUUGAUUGGAUGCAGAAAGCUUCAAAAAAGGCAUCAAAGAACAACCAUAAAAAGGGAAGACCAAAAAGUAAAAACAAUGACAUAACAAAAACCAAAAUCCAAUCCCUGAACCUAUUUGCUCAUGAACAUGGUGUCAUUGCAGUACUGUUAAUUUUAUGUCAACAUGUAAAAAUUUCAAGUUCAUAUUCAAUCCUUUUUAAAGAACAAUCCUUACAAGAUAAAACUCUAUUCCCUGAAACCAGGUCCACUUGUUCUUUGUCUCAAUAUCGGUAUUCUACAGGGUUGUAGUGUUUUCCUGUUUCAAUCUAUCCAUGAUUAUUUUUUCCCAUUACGUCUGACCAGAAUAAAGAGUUAUAUUAAUAUUUACAUUUUAUUGGCACAGAGAAUCACUAAUGAUGCACUGUACCAUUUGACAAGUCACAUUACCAGAAAAUUGCAACUAUUAUGUGCGUUUGGGUACUAUUUAGACUUUUAAAAUUAUUUUGUGCUGAUACUUUGCAGUUAACGAGAGUAGGAAUACUAGACUGUAAAUAAUUGUUUCUGAGAUGGUGCAUUGUUUUUGCACUCUCCUGGCAAGGUGCAUAAAUAAAGCCUCCGUUUUAAGCUGAAUCGA